AUGACAACGUUAAACUUGAGAAGUAGACCGAAUGUUCCACCAAAACAGAUAGAAUCACAGUCAAAACUUGGUUCUUGCUCACCGCCUUCAUUAGCAUCCACAGGGUGAGUUUUUGUUCAAAUGUUUUCGCAGAUCUGUUCGGUUGACUGACAUUUUUAAAAAUGAGGUGAAAUUAUGUUUUUUUUUUCAAUUCACGAAAACGUGAUUCCUGGUUUUUUGUAACCCAAAUAUUUAUUUAUUUUCAGAAAAAACGAUGGCGAAUUAGAUAUGCGAAAAACCCUGUUCUCGGCUAGUGUUCUUGAAAAAUUUCGCGAUUUUGACAUGCCGGAAAGUGAAAAAAUCGAGAAGAUCAAUCAAAUGUGGAAAGCGAUGGAUGAAACAAACAGAAUGCAAUUUACAGAAAAUAUUUUGAAACGAAAAGAAAAUAAUAAAGAAUCGAUGAAAAAUAAGAGAAUGAAGUUUGAAGGGCGGCCAAGUAUUGAAUACAAUCCUCAGAAACCAAAUCCGAUUGUUACAAGUCAAAAGAGUAGGUUUUCUUUAUUUUUUGACUAAUGAAUAUGACUUUGCCACGUCAUAACUCAUUAUCAAAAUUAAACUCCAAAGCAGUAGCAAAUUUUUAAGUAUAUUUUAGAUAUCGAAUUGGUGGCAAAGGCACUUGGUGUAACAAAUCCGACACCUUCAACAUCGACAGAAGUCGUAGAUGUGAAACCGCCUCCACUUCGACAAGAAAAACAAAAAUGUCAUGCGGAUUUGAUGAGAAGUCGAUUGCAAUUUCAUUUCUUCAGAAGUAGUUUGGAACAGGCGAAAUCGUUCAGUCUGUGAGUUUUUAAUUUGAAAUUUUAAAAAAUAAGCAAAAAAUUUUUUGCAGGAAUAAAAGCAUCAAAGAGGAACUGAAAGUUGAACCUCCUCCAUCAGUUGUAGAAGUUGUAGAAUCCAUGCGAUUGACUUCUUCUGAAAAACUGGAGCAAAUCCCUGUGAAAAAAGAUGUCAAAGAAGUUCUGUUCAAAAAGCCUCCGAUGUCAAAACCUCUUCAAAGUACCUACACAAUUCCGGCCGUUCAGAAUCCUGAAGUUCCAAAAACAAAGGCAAAAACUACCUGCACUCUAGUUCCAGCUAUUCAAAAUUGUGAGCUUUCGAAGAGCAAGCCACAAAAAACCGAAGUCAAAAAAAUAUUCAAAAGAGCGCCACCUGUGAAGAAAGUGAGCUACGAAGAAGCAUGUAGAAUUUAUUAUUUCGAAUUGAGUCGAAGAUUUUUAUUGGAUGAUUUUAGUGAGUUUUUGUCAGGUGGAAGCAUAUUUUUUACAAUUUUGGUUUCCAAAAAAAUGACAACAAAAAUUCCAGACGACAUCCCAAAACCCGACAAUUUGCAAAAAUUGGCGAACAUUGUUGAAGGCUGGAAAGUCACAGAUUAUCACGGACUGUUGUAA